AUGGUGAUCAUGUCAGAGUAUACCGCCGUGCCCGCUGCCGGACAAGGCCAGCAGCGGCCUCUGCGAGUUGGCUUCUACGAUAUCGAGAGGACCUUAGGAAAAGGCAACUUCGCAGUGGUCAAACUGGCCAGGCACAGGGUGACCAAAACGCAGGUUGCAAUAAAAAUAAUAGAUAAAACAAGGUUAGACCCAAGCAAUCUGGAGAAAAUUUAUAGAGAAGUUCAGAUAAUGAAGCUUUUGAAUCAUCCCCAUAUUAUCAAGCUAUAUCAGGUUAUGGAGACAAAGGAUAUGCUUUACAUUGUUACUGAGUUUGCAAAGAAUGGAGAAAUGUUUGAUCAUCUGACUUCCAAUGGGCACUUAAGUGAAAGUGAAGCACGGAAGAAAUUCUGGCAGAUUCUUUCAGCAGUGGAAUAUUGUCACAGCCACCACAUAGUGCACAGGGAUCUCAAGACAGAGAACCUUCUUCUAGAUGCUAACAUGAAUAUCAAGUUAGCAGAUUUUGGCUUUGGAAACUUCUACAAGUCAGGAGAGCCUCUUUCCACUUGGUGUGGAAGCCCACCCUAUGCAGCUCCAGAAGUUUUUGAAGGCAAAGAAUAUGAAGGGCCUCACCUUGAUAUAUGGAGCCUUGGGGUAGUGCUGUAUGUACUUGUCUGUGGUUCUCUGCCUUUUGAUGGACCCAAUUUACCAACUCUGAGGCAAAGAGUGCUGGAGGGACGGUUCCGUAUCCCUUACUUCAUGUCCGAAGACUGUGAAACACUAAUCCGCCGGAUGUUGGUUGUGGACCCAACCAAGCGAAUAACCAUUUCCCAAAUAAAGCAGCACAAGUGGAUGCAAGCUGACCCGUCUCUUCAACAGCAGCAGUCUUUGUCCUUCUCCAUGCAAAACUACAACUCCAACCUGGGUGACUACAAUGAGCAAGUCCUUGGGAUAAUGCAGACACUUGGCAUCGACAGGCAGAGAACUAUUGAGUCUCUGCAAAACAGCAGCUACAACCAUUUUGCUGCAAUUUAUUACCUGCUCUUGGAGCGCCUCAAGGAGUAUCGAAGCAGCCAGCUAUCGAGUCGGCCAGCAACUGGCCGUCAGCAAAGGCCAAGGAGCUCUGAGAUCAGUAAUGUUGAGAUGCCUCAGGACAGUCUCACUAGUGAAACCCUGCGAUCAUCUCUGCUUUACCAGCAACCUCAGAGCCUGAUUCAGCCAUCCUUGCAGGCAGAAAUGGACUGUGACAUCAACAGUCCAAUACAGCCUGUGUUCUUUCCUGUGGAUCCCAACUUCAACGGGCUUUUCCGGAACCGCUCCAUCUCCCCCAACAGCCUUCUGGAGACCACCAUUAGUGAAGAAGUAAGGCAGGAGAAGGAGCUGGAAGAUGAAAUUAAGGCAUAUGACCACCCCAUUCGCAUCCCUAGCAACACUAGCAGGAGGCACACACUGGCUGAAGUGACCACUCAUUUCUAUCAGCAUGCUCCUCCAUGUAUAGUCAUUUCCUCUUCUGCAAGCCCCACAGAGGGAACUAGUUCAGACAGCUGCCUUACUUCAUCUUCAAAUGACAGCUCAGUGGCCCUGAGCAGCUGCUUGGCAGGUCAAGUAAUGACGGGGAGUCCAGCCACAGCUAGGAUGACGUCGUCCUUCCUAGCUUCCCAGUCUGACGCUCCAGUGUUACAAGCUCAAGGCUGCAUGGGAGGGGCUUCUCUCCUGCCUGUCAGCUUCCAAGAAGGAAGACGAGCAUCUGAUACCUCAUUAACUCAAGGCUUGAAGGCUUUUAGGCAGCAGCUGCGGAAGAAUGCACGAGCCAAGGGGUUUCUCGGCUUGAAUAAAAUCAAAGGCUUUGCUCGGCAGGUGUGUCAGUCCUCCUCAUCUCGAGCAGCAAGGAGUGCCAUGAGCCCUUUCCAACACACGCAGCCCAACACCUGCAUGUACAGCAGCAGUGGGAGCAGCAGAGAAGGAAGAAGCCUCCUGGAGGAGGUGCUACAGCAGCAGAGAAUGCUUCAGCUCCAGCAUCACCAGCUGCUCCAGACAGUUUGUCCCCAGGCUUCUCAGACAUCUGCAACAAAUGGCAUCCCCUCUUCAGAUAGCAUGGGUACCUGCAAAGCAGCCAAUUCUCUUCUGUUGUCAGAGCUACAAAGAGAGAACUCAUUUGAGCUGGCCCUUGCUGGCAACAGCCAACUGCUCCAACCUCACUUCUUUGGUGUCAGCGUGUCACCAGUGUCCUCAGCAGCUCACCUUUUAGACACACACCUGUACAUCAGCAGCAACGUUUCUCCAGUUGGCACCACCUUCUCUCAGCAACAGAGUUUCUCUGUGCAGCCUCCAAGCUGCGACACUGUCACUCUGCAGCAUGGGGACUGUGAGAUGGAAGACCUGACUUCCAACCAGCUAGGGAAGUUUGUCCUGGUCAAAUGAGAACCCCAGACGCUGCAGCUCACGCUGCUCUUGUUGUGAAGAACUUUUACCACUGUUCCAUGGCCUGUGUGGGUCCAUGGCUGGCUGGUGUGGUGUGGAGUGACUCUCAGAAGCAAUAAAUUUUGAAGUAUGUGAAGAGGCUGUCUGGCUCAGAAAGCUAGCAACUUUAUAGAACUGAAACAAGCAAUAUGUAUGUCUUUUUGCUUCUACUAUUCUUGCACUGAACAAAUAUGAAUAGAAACUGAAUUUUUUAAAGGAAAAAUA